AUGCGGUUGAUACCACUCGUUCUUACAUUGUUAGGUGACGCAAUUUUAUGGGACCUUCAAAAAGGAUACUACUGCUUCAAUUUAAUUCCAAAACAAGGAAACCUCUUUUUUCGAAGAUUUAGCACGUCCUGUAACUGCCUAUGCAGAAAGAAAAUUGCGCGCCAGAAAUGUGAAAAUGGCGGGGUGAAACACCAACAAACCAGGAUACACCUUUCUCCUUACAACGAUGUAAACCUGGGGAAGAAGUACAAAUCGGGUGAGCACUUAAAGGAGCAGGAAAGAAAUGCCGUGAAGGACAUCCAAGGAGUUUGGAAGUUUUACUUCCCCGUAUUUAUAAUGGACACGGAGUUUGAGGCGGCAAAGGGGGAGUCCUUCGAAAGUGAAAAGAUGGGGAAGGCAGCAGAGUUGGGCAGGGCCAGCGAUUUGGACGAUCCCGACAAUUUGGAUGAGUUGGACGAAUUGGACGCCGCGAAUCAGUCGGAAGAUUUCGGAACAGGGGGAGAAGAAUCAAGCCAAACGGAGAGCCCCACAAAUGAAGACGCGUCCGAUGACGCAAAUUUGAACCUACUGAGAGGGGAACGGAUGCAACCGCUACCCAUGUUUGUGUAUAACUAUGAAAAUAUCGUGUCGGCCUCCUCAUCGACGCGGGCCUACUGGUCUAACAAAUUUUUGCAAAACAAUAUUUUCGAAUGCACAGUAAAGUUUGUUAACAAAAUGAAUAGCAAGUACAUGGUCAUCCUGCAAGGGUAUUUAUUUGUGUCUAAAAAAAACGCUCUGAAUGACAGGAACAUUCGUUUGAUGCCGUGCCAAAUAUUUGGGAAUUUAUUUCUUGCAAAUAAUGACAAUGCAGAGGAUGUUUCGUUAAUCCCGCCAAAUAUGAAAGUGUACGAUAUGAAUGGGAAUCAAGUUAAGGACGUACUAGCCAUUUUGGAAAAAAAAAUACCAGGAUUUCGGAAAGAUAAAAAAAAAAUCGAUUCCUUUUUGGGGAUAAAAAAGUGGAAAUUCCUAGGUGUUUCAACAGCUUAUAAAGUGGUAGGGGAGGGUAAAAAUAUGUUUAAUAUUAAUCACUUUUUAACAGGGAAAGAUGAAAGCGUUUUUUAUAAUGUGAUGAAUUUUGACGUGGUCAAUACAAAUUAUGACAAAAAUGGGGUUGUCCACUUGGCAGAAAUUUUUAAUUCCUAUUUUGAAAAGCCCCCCGGAGAUGUGCUUUCCUUGAUUAUGAAAAACCUCGAGGAAAAGUCCAUUAAUGGCCCCUUUUAA